AUGAAUGCCAACAGGGGUCCCAUGGGCCAGCUCUUCUGGCAGGGGCCCUUGUGCAGUGCCUGGAAGCAGGAUAUGGAAGGGGCUUUCUACCACCUGGCCAACUGCAUCUUGCUCCUGGGUUUUAUGGGGGGCAGUGGGGUGUACGGCUGUUUCUAUGUCUUUGGCUUCCUGGGCACAGGAUACCUGUGCUGUGUUUUGUGGGGCUUCUUAGACGCCUGUGGCCUGGACAUCAUCAUCUGGAGCUUCCUUCUAGCCGGGGCCUGCCUGUUCCAACUGUUCUACCUGAUCUAUCGCCUACACAAGGACAGGCUCCCUAAGGAGUUCGAUCACCUCUACAAGACUCUGUACCUGCCCCUGCAGGUACCUCUGCAGGCCUACAAAGAGAUCAUUCAGUGCUGCAAGGAGCAGGUCCUGACUUUAGCCACAGAGCAGACCUAUGCUGUGGAGGGUGAGACGCCCAUCAACCGCCUGUCCCUGCUGCUCUCAGGCCGGGUCCGUGUGAGCCAGGAUGGGCAAUUUCUACACUACAUCUUUCCUUACCAAUUCAUGGACUCUCCUGAGUGGGAAUCACUGCUGCCCUCUGAGGAGGGCAUGUUCCAGGUCACUCUGACUGCCGAGACUGAAUGUAGCUAUGUGUCCUGGCCCCGAAAAAGUCUCUCUGUUCUUCUGAGGAAAGACCGAUAUAUCUCCCAACUCUUUUCAGCCCUGUUGGGCUAUGAUAUCUCAGAGAAACUCUACGCUGUCAAUGAUAAGCUCUUUGCUAAGUUUGCGCUGCGCUUUGACAUCCGUCUCCCCAGCCUCUAUCGUGUCCUGGGUCCCUCUGCCCUAGAUGCAGGGCAUGAGUCAGAGAAGGAAGAUGAGGAACUUAAGGAAUCAACUGGGUCUCCACCUCCAGCAGUGCUUACAUUAAUCCAGGAAAACACCACAAGCUUGCCCCCUUCAGCUACCACCCGCUCUCCCAUACCUCCUCCCCCAAUGAGAAUCCCCAAGUCAGACAGUGGUGUUUUGAGUGAUGACUCUACAAGUUUGGUUCUGGAAGAUUUUGCGGAGGCGUCGGAAUCAGAGUCAUUCAUGGAUUACCGAAGUGAUGGGGAGUACAUGAGGUGA